UUUCUAUUUAAUUCAUUAUGAUGCAUUAUCCCCCUCCGUCAACAAUUCUAUUACUUACAAAAUCAAUAUAAUAAGUAGAUCCAAUACAUUAAUACACCUGCAUUUUAAAGUUGCUAAAAAGAUUGAAUUAUGAGUAUUAAUUGAUCACUAAAUAUUAAACUAAUUUUGAAAUUCAAUUUAGAAUGCAGAACAUAGUAUGAAAAAUUUAUUUGCUGUGGGAAUGCAUCAUCACGAAGGGAGAGAAUUGCCCAUCGAAGUCCCAUUGUUUUAUUCACCGGUAGGUGAUUGCCAAAAUGAAAACAGAUUAAACAAAAGUUUAACUAGGGUUUUCGAUAUACCUCUUGAUUUAUAUAACAUACAAAGUUCGGUGAUGCCAAUACGUAGAACAGUAAAGAUGCUCGACUUACGAUCAGUUUAACCUAUAUUGACUCUCAUUGAAUUCGUUGCCCUAUUCUGUCAAACUGUCGAAACGUGCAUGUUGUUAUAUAUACUCUGCAUUGGGCAGAAAUGGACUAAGUGACACAAUUCUUAAUAUACUGUCCUUGCUGUCCAUUGCUGUUUAAUAUAUUUUACACAUGCGAUUCAACAUUUAAUCUAUAUAUUAUGUAUCUGCAUAUUCUACAUGAGUCUGAAGUGGAUUUCUGUUUUAUAUCCUUUAGCACAGACUCUUGCUGCCACUUGUUAGCUUAUCAAGCAUAUUAUAUAUUGCAUUGGGGAUAAAGCACAUAUUUACAUAUCAAAGUUCUGAGAUAUGAAACUUGAAAUCCAACGACAGUGUAUUAACUCGAAGAAUUACUAUUCUCUGUCUUUACUGAUAUCAAUAAUUAUAAUUUAUAUAUGUUAAAUGUUUCUACCCAUCUGAACCCUGAUUUGGUAAUAUGAUACUAUAAUAUAUUGUAGCGGACAGUAUAAGAGGGAACUUAUACUGCAUCACUAUUGAGCUAGCCUUUCUACUGGUGUGAUAAAGUCUCUCUUGAUCACCCAAGUUGAGCAACAGCGAGUGUUAUCGGCUCUUGGAUGGGUGACCGCUACACGUUACAAAACCACUAAUGGUGGCAGCGUAGUGACUCUGGUGUUUAGUGGAAGGCCUUCUCCAGGUAAGGUCUCUUUGAUGUUCUGGGUACGGACGUGGUUUCGUCCUGGGAUGACGGUGGUAGUCGUCGGGAAGCGAGUGUUUACGAUAAGCUUCGGGACGAAGCUUCCCUGAGUGCGGGGAGUGUAGCGGACAGUAUAUGAGGGUUAGUGAGCUAGCUUUGUGGUAAAGUCUCUCUUGAUCACGCAAGUUAAGCAACGGUGAGCGCGUCAUCAGCUCGUGGAUGAGUAAUCGCUACACGUUACACUAUUCUCUCUCUCACUCGCGAUCUCGUAUAUAGCUCAUUUAUCUAAAUACAUAUGUAGAUCUGGAAUACAGAUAUUCUAAAACUAUAUAUGCAAUACAGGUCUAUAGGAAUAGCCCUACUUUAAUGCUUAUAGAAAGUCAGUGAAAUUUUUCCCAACGUACCCCCCCCCCCUUUCGCCUAAAUAAGUACGAAUCCUACGGACCUUGCGGUUUUAAAAAUGAUGAAAACAUAAUUUAAAGACAAUAGAAUUAUAAACGCUGUUAAUGAUAAUGAAUUAAAUGAAUUACAGCAUGACAGAAAAUAAUAGAGUCUGUUAUUUCAAAGAUUACGAAAGAAGACAUUAAAAUCUAGAUCCGCCUACAGGAACUAAGUCAUGUGACUUCGUGUUAAAUAAUUUUCGAGGACAGUACUGAAGUCGACAGCCGGGUAGUACGCAUAGCAAUAUAUUGUCUCUUGGAGUGACACUUGCCAUUGUUCAUUGAUAUUCCCAGAAUGUCAGCUUUGAGAGGAACUGCCCGACUCUUUAGCCGUGCAAGGCCUUUAUUUAGUCGCAAUGUUUCCACAAGACCAGCGGGUCAAGUGGGCAGAUCCUUGGCACCACUGGUGCUAGGCUCCGCCCUGGCGGGAUAUGGGGUCUAUAAAUACAUGAAGUCUGAAGAGAGUAUGGCACAGUUAUGGGUUCCUUCUCUACAUGCAGCAGGUGCUGUCGAGAGCCAGCCAUCAGUUUUCUCUCAAGGCAAGAACCACGCACUGUAUCUGUGGAUUUACGUGAAACCAGAGGCGAAUUCCAAGGAGGUCGCCAAAGCGGUGGCCAAACUACAGAAGUAUGUGGAUCAGGUGACUGACCCUAAGAUGAGAGACGAAGAGGACGAGAUCUGGGCUGGAGUGGGAUUCGGUCCCAACUUCUACAAACAGGUUGGAGGAAAAGUGAAGCAAGAUUUCAACUACCCCCAUCGCAAAGGAAACCUGGGGGAUAUGCCCAGCUCUGGUGGAGACAUAUUUAUUCAUGCCAAAUGUAACACGCCAAGUAAACUCUUCGAGCUGGCCCAAGUUGUAAUGAAGAACAUGCCAGCCAACAGUGUUGAGUCUUUUGAAGAUAUCUACAGUUUUGUGUACAAGAAUGGCCGUGAUUUGUCUGGCUUUAUUGACGGGACAGAGAAUGCUGCAGAUGAUGAAUCCAGACAAAAUAUUGCUGUAGAGAAGGAAACUGGAGGCAGUUAUGUGAUUACCCAAAAAUGGAUACAUAAUCUGCCAGUGAUUGACAGAGAAAAGGACAAGACUUUGGAAUCAUGGGUAGGCAGAUCUCGUCCAGACAGUACUGAACUGAGUCGUAAAUCAAUCACGUCACAUGUAGCCAGGAUGACUGGAGGUAAUGGCUGGCAGCAGGCUAAGCCAGUAGAGAUUGUCCGCCAGUCCAUGCCAUUCGGAACACUGAGCUCUGACGCAGGUCUUUUUUUCAUUGGAUACGCAGCCUCCCCACAGAACCACGAAUACAUGUUGGACCGCAUGGUGGGAGCACGAGACGACAGCAACUGCGAUGACAUCAUGAAGCUGUCCAAGAACGUUAAGGGAACGUACUGGUACUUUCCGGGAAUGGAUGAGCUCAAGAAGUUUCAGUGAAAGGUCACGUUGAUUUAACAAUCAAAUUUUGGACCUUUUAGGUUUCGUUACACAUCGCGUAUCACCAGACUACAAUCAAAUAAUAGAUGUUUGUAAGACGAUACACUGGCAUUGAUUUCCAUAGAGUAGAUUAACAUGCAGAUUGUUUCAUGCAAUAAAUAUUUUAUGUAUUGAAA